GGCAAAGGUUGGGAACUUGCUUUUUGCAAACGAAAUUCCUUUGAGCUCCCGGUCUGCGAAGGAGGGCCGAGGAUCCGUUGUCAUUGUUGCUUGGUUUGUGCAGGCAUUUUGUUCAACGUCGGAGGGUUUUGUCUGCACAUUGCUUGGGAUCAUUGAAAAGUUUGGUAUUGUUUGCGGUGGCUUGUGAGCGAUAUGGCUGAUACGCAAGAGCUUCAACCAAAGGAAGAGCUCCAAAGGACGGAGUCACCCAUUCCUACGGUCUCCAGCCAAAAGUACAUGAACCUUCCCGCACCGGUCAUAUCGGGCAUUGUGACAUAUCUGGACCAUGCUGAUCAAGUAUCUGCUCUUUUGGUGUGCCGAGGCUGGUCGCGACCUGUAGCGGAAGCCAUGUACAGAGCGCCACCGUUGCAGUCUUCCGACUCGUUCGAGCGCCUCAUGUCGUUGCUCAACACACCACUGCCGGCGCAUCCCUAUCCGGAAAUGAUUCGCGAACUAGACAUUGGCAGCUCAGCGGCAGACAACCUGUACAUGGGUGAUCUGGAUGCGACUCUUGCUGUUUGCACAAAUCUGGAGGUGUUUAGAUUGGAGAACUGCUUUCACAUUUCCAAUAUUCUUGUGCGUUCGCUUUCGACGCAUUGUCCAAGUUUGAAGCAGGUCGACUUGCCAGGCUGCCCUAUUUCCGAUUCGUUCAUUCCGGUUUUGAGCAAGAACUGUCGGCAGAUCGAACGCUUGGACCUCAGCUUCACCAACCUUACUGUCGCGUCGCUGCAUGCGAUUGUGCUAAACUGCGAUAGCCUCAUCCAGCUCGACCUUUCCGAGUGCCGGCCAGUGGAGGAAGACACUGUGCUUGAUCUGUCCAACAAGGGUUUUACGCGACCACUCCAGUGGCUAAAUUUGCGUAAUACUCCUGUGAGCGACGAUCUCCUUCGGUUCACGGCUACACAUUGUCCGAAUCUAGAAGACUUGGUGUUGGAGUCUUGUACCGAAAUUACCGAUGAUGCACUCGUCAAGGUUGCAAACACUUGCACAAAGCUACGCCGGUUGGACGUGUCCUUUUGUGACAACAUCUCCGAUCUUUCACUGCAAGCGUUCGCAAUGCGAGCCUCAUCAGCAAAUGGGGGAACACUGCGCGAGCUGUACUUGACAGCCUGCGAUAGUAUUGGUGCUAUUGCAGUGCAUAAUCUUGCACAAAAGUGUACAAAUCUCGAUCUUCUGGUGCUUGAUGGAUGUGACAAGAUUCUAGGAACGUUUGUCCAGUCUUUUGCUUCUCAACCGUCAGAUGAACUUGAGUGUCUCUUGGAAGGGGAAGCCAUCCGUCUUUUUGCCGCACACGUCCCAGGAUCUAACCCUGUCACACCACCUGCUUCUCCGGGCCGCCCAGCUGGAGCGGCUACAAACUACAAGGUUCAAGUUAGCUAUGCCACGACAUAUGGUGAAAAUGCAGACGUUGGCGGCUGGCGGUCGAUGAGCAAUGUGUAUGGUCCGGGUGGGCAGGAUUCCGCGGCGCUGGCGGCCGCCGCCCUAGAGGCCGCAAAGGUGCAGGCUUCAUCCGGUGCGCAGCUUCAUCGAAGCCUCUCACGGCGUACGUCUCGUUCGAUGUUGCGUAAGCGAUCUUCGAUGAGUCUGGCGGACGCAGCAGCUGAAGCCGAAGCCGCAAAACAAGAACGGCAAGAAAAGAUACGCGAAAAGCGCAGAUCCCGGACAUCCAUCGAUCCAACCCCAGCACCGCCGCCUCCCGUCGUUUCUGCACCAAUCGUGGAACCCACGCCUGCGCCUGUACCAGCAGUCACUGCUGGUCAAUUGCUCGCUUCCGGCAGGACGUCACCUCCGUCAGGAGAAGAAAUCGCUGGUGCGAUUCCGCUGGCAUCUGGACGCCGGAGGAGCCAGCCACCACCGCCAGCCAGCGAUUCCGCAACAAACCCGCCAUCUACCACACAAGGGCAAGGUUGGGGAGCUGCAGCGUCUUCCGCGACUUCGAACUGGGGUGCGCCUCCGGCACUUGUAUCGGCGCCUGCAUCUGCGACCAACUGGCAACAGAAGCCUGUAGAUUCGUGGAAUCAAGGUACACAGUCUACCGCGGCGCCAGCAACAAACUGGACAAACCCCACUCCACCGGCGUCACCUGGCGUUAACGGUGUACCUGAUCAGCAACCUGUUCCCGCGCCGUUAGACAAAGUUCGUCGGCGUAGUAUACCCGUACCUGCUGGUCCGCCACCUCCUGGAACCAACACAGCAUGGUCAACCCCUGCUGGUCUUCAACCUCCCCCUGCUCCGAUCAUAAACGGAGGAGCGUCUGUGACACCACUUUCUGCACCACUACCAGCUCCUGCACCCGCCCCUGCUGCUCCAGGGACAGAGACUGUCCUUCUUGCAUCUGGUCGUGCGGCGCGUGCUGCGGCCGCAAAGGAGGCAACAAUGGGCAACGGAGCUUCGCCAGCCCUAUCUGAUGGCGCGACGAUAUCAUCUGGUGAAGGCGGUGAAUCAGCGGUAUUGCUUGCGUCUGGGCGUCGUCGCUCCCGCACUGGUUCGAUGACUUCACCCCCAGUGGCGGACGUUCCGGCCAUUGCAACUAGCCUUCCUAUGGGAAAUGGAGCACCUGCCCUUCCCUCCCCAUCAGGUCUUCCGGCCGCACCGCAGGCUGCGCAGCCCUGGGGCUCUAACCCCACCAUUUGGACUAACCCCGCCCAGUUGACAUCUGCAAGCUCGACGUGGUCUACAGCAAACUCCAGCACUACUGGGGGGUUUGUCGAUCCGUGGGCAAAGUCACCUCAAUCCCCUUUCUCUCCUGUCAGCAAUGAUCCCUGGGCAGCUCCACCAUUGUCGUAUCAACCACCUCAACAGCCGCUCGCUUCACCGCCUGUGGCGCCAUAUCCCCAACCUACACCAUCGCCCACAUGGGGACAAAACGGCGCUCCUACCACAAACAUUCGUCUUGCUGCUGCUCCCGGUUGGGGUGCAGCGCAAGGCGGAAGCUCUGGUUGGACUUCCACUUCACCCUACUCUCCCAAUGGCGUCGGCCAGCCUUCUGGCGGUUACUUUGAACGAACAAGGGCAAGGAUGCAAGCGACAGGGUUUGGCACGCAGGGUGGAUACGGAUAUGGUCCAGCGGGUGACGAUGACAUGAACACGUCGAGCGGAGGCUUUGUCUUUUCAUGCUCCAGAAGAGGGAAAAUGCUGUUGAAAUUGAAGAUUGAAACCAAGACAGGAGGACAUCAGACCUUGGCUGUACAUGAGUUUGAUGAUCCGCAUCAACUCGCCUCCGAGUUUUGCGCUUACUGGGACAUGGCAGCGUUCCGUGAGCCAUUGGUCCGGCUCAUCUCGGUCCGGAAGACCAAUGCAGUCAGACAGCGAGUUCAUGCACAUUAGCAUGUGCGGUUAAAAAAAAGCAAAGUAUCAUUGUAUCAUAGAUGGGAUGUGGGUUUCUGCUGAGUAGAACCUCAUUGGAAGUCAGUAGACGAGUUAUUCCUAAUGGACGUCUUAUGAACCGCGUAGCUCUUGAGUGUGUUCUCUGCGUCUCUAUCUCCUAGAAUUUCUUUUUACGUUGGCGCUGGUCUGUAUUGUCUGUGUAGUCCCCCAAUUUGCUAUUUCCUGUAGUUAGGCGAUCGUCCGCGAGGAUGGACAUUAGAUGAUGAUAUUUGUUGUGUAGGACUAUAUUUACAUACAUAUAUAAACGAAGGCACAUA